AUGUUCCGCAAAGUGGUCAUAGGUGUAUCGGGAGGUGUAGACAGUGCAGUUUCAGCGUAUCUGCUGAAGAAACGUGGUUUCGAAGUAUGUGGCGCUUUUAUGAAAAACUGGGACCUUAUCGACGAAUCCGGCUAUUGUUCUGGCGAGCAGGAUUGGGAAGAUGCACAACGAUUAUGUCGCUGGCUAGCGAUACCACUGGAGCAGAUAAAUUUCGUUAAAGAAUACUGGCAUGAAGUGUUUGGAAGCUUUCUCAAAGACUACGAUGCAGGUAUCACACCGAAUCCGGACAUCCUGUGCAAUCGGCACAUUAAGUUUAACUGUUUCUACCAUCAUGCUCGAAACCAGAUGAAUGCGGACGCGAUUGCCACCGGCCACUAUGCUCAGACCAACUUUGGACCCUUUCUAGAGCAUUAUUCCGAGAAUGAAAGGGUUCGUCUGUUUAUGGCACCGGAUCCCAUCAAAGAUCAAACGUUUUUCCUUUCACAAAUCACCGCCGACACACUGCGUCGUACGAUGUUCCCGAUUGGGGCUCUCACUAAACCCCAGGUCAAACGGUUAGCCUCCGAAGUAGGUCUGGAGGUGUUCGCACGAAAGAAGGAAAGCAUGGGAAUUUGCUUCGUUGGCAAGCGCUCAUUUCAGCAGUUCAUUGCCGAGUACAUAGACACCAAACCUGGCCCGUUUGUGGACAUUGACAGUGGGCAGGAGGUUGGUCAGCAUGCCGGAAUUCAUCAUUGGACGGUAGGGCAAAAGUGUAAAAUUGGAGGGUGUCUGCAGCCAUACUACGUGUUUCGGAAACAUCGUGACACGAACGUGAUCGAGGUGGUUUCCGGGCACGAUCAUCCGCUUCUGUUCACCGAUAUGGUGUACGCGGAAAACCCCGUUUGGAUUAACGCUCCCCACGGAUUGGAUCACGGGGCUGUCGUGAGGUGUUUGUUUCGCUUUCAACACACCAAACCGCUAGUGGGUUGCAGCAUUUUUCAGUCACCCUUGGGGCGAAAUGACAAAGUUUCUGGCGAAAGCAGGUCAAAGCUUUUCAUCAAACUAGACCAACCAUUGAGAGCGAUCACACCGGGCCAGUAUGCCGUCUUUUACCGCAAUGAGGAGUGUUUUGGAAGCGCACGAAUAGUGCAGCCAGGGCCGUCAACAAUAUAUAGUACGACCAGUUAG